AUGGUUGAAUCUGCUAGGUUGUGUUAUAUAAGGGCAAAUCAAAAAGGUUUGAGAUGUGACGCAUACAAAGGUCUCUCAGAUGCCUUGACUAGAGGUGAGGUUCAACCCAGCAGUCAAGGCAAAAGAAUAACAUUACCAUCAAGUUUUACCGGCGGUGCAAGGUACAUGAUACAAAACUAUCAAGAUGCUAUGGCUAUUUGUCGGUUUAUAGGUUAUCCAAACCUAUUCAUUACAUUUACAUGCAAUCCUAAAUGGCUUGAGAUUCAACGAUUUUUGGAGAAAAGGAACUUGAAGGUAGAAGAUAGGCCAGACAUAGUUUGUCGUGUGUUCAAGAUGAAAUUGGAUGCAAUGAUCAAAGACAUUAAAAAAGGAGCCGUGUCAAAGCUGCAUGAUGGUUUCUCUAGCCCAACAUUCAUGGAUUCGAUUAUUUCUGCUGAGAUUUCGGAUAAGCGUACCGACUUCCUAUUUUAUACGGCAGUUGAGGAAUUCAUGGUUCAUGGACCUUGCGGUCAUGCUAAAAGGAAUUCACCAUGUAUGGUAAAUGACAAGUGUUCAAAACAUUUCCCUAAGAGAUUCAUUGAUGCAUCCCAAUUUGAUCAAGAUGGUUACCCGUUGUACCGUAGACGAAAUGACAGCAGGGUGGUAAAAAAGAGCGGUAUAGAGCUGGAUAACAGUUAUAUUGUACCUCAUAAUCGAUACUUACUAUUGAAGUACAAGGCUCACAUUAAUGUUGAAUGGUGCAACCAAUCACGGUCAAUCAAGUAUUUGUUCAAGUACGUUAACAAAGGUAAUGACCGUGUCACUGCUGAGUUUUAUAAGACCACGACUGAUGAUAUUGGUAAUGAAGUUGUAAAUGAAAUCAACAUGUACUACGAUUGCCGAUACAUUUCUGCGUGUGAAGCAAUGUGGCGCUUAUUUAGUUUCGAGGUGCAAUAUAGAACCCCUCCAGUUGAGAGGCUAAGCUUUCACCUCCCGGAUUGCCAAUCUGUUGUUUUCCAAGACGAUGAUAGCAUUGAUCGCGUUUUGAAUAGGGAAUCAGUUGCAGAAAGUAUGUUCAAUGGAUGGUUCAUAGCAAAUCAAAAGUAUGCAGAAGCGAGGCAGUUAAGUUACAUCGAGAUGCCUACAAAAUUUGUUUGGAAAAAGGACAUUCGUGAAUGGCAUCCAAGAAAGAAGGGCUUUUCCAUUGGGCGGAUAUUAUAUGUUCCACCAGCCUCAGACUUGUGUUUAACUGACGAUGAGAAGAAAAACUAUGGGCUACUUGAGUUGGACAAAUUGUUGGAACAACAGAAUAGAUCUUUAAAGGAUUACCACCCCAUGCCUAUUCCAGAGAUGGCUAACUCUAGAUUGGUCCAGAAUAGAUUGUUGUUUGAAGAGUUAUCAUAUGAUCGUGAGUUUCUACAACAAGAAGCUCUUGAGUUGUGUGAAAAAUUGACAGAAGAGCAGAGAAUUAUUUAUGAUACUGUUUUAGACGAUAUUUCAAGUAAACGGGGUGGUUUGUUUUUUGUAUAUGGGUAUGGUGGCACUGGUAAAACAUUCAUGUGGCGAGCAUUAUCUUCUGAACUACGGUCUAAAGGCCAGAUUGUUUUAAAUGUGGCAUCAAGUGGUAUAGCUUCGUUGUUGUUGCCUGGUGGACGAACUGCACACUCAAGUUGCAGGAUAAUGAGGCUCACAAAGAACUUGCGCUUGAAUGCUAUGCAAGACCCUGUAGAACAACAAGCUACGCAAGAAUUUGCAAAUUGGAUAGCUUCAAUUGGUGAUGGUAAGAUUGGUGGACCUAAUGAUGGGUAUGCAGAAGUAGAAAUACCCAGUACUAUGUUACUAGCGUCCAAUGGUGACCAUAUUGAAACAAUUGUUAGAAGUACAUUUCCUAUUUUUGCAAAUGGUAAUUCUAAUGCAAGUUAUCUGCAAGGGCGUGCUAUUUUGGCACCUACCCUAGAGGUAGUAAACUCAGUGAAUGAGUAUAUGAGUGAGUUGCAUACGGCUGAAAGUAGAACAUAUUUUAGUUGCGACACAAUAUGCAAAGUUGAUGCAGAUGCUGGAAUACUUGGUGAUGUGCAUACACCUGAAAUUUUAAAUGGCAUUAGAGCUUCAGGUAUUCCAAACCAUGCACUAACCCUAAAGAUUGGUUCACCAGUCAUGUUGUUAAGAAAUAUUGAUCACUCAGUUGGUUUGUGUAAUGGUACGCGAUUGGUAAUCACCAAGUUAGCAGACCGUGUAAUUGAAGCUGAAUUAAUGGAUGGUGCUAACAAAGGAACAAAAGUACUGAUACCCAGAAUGUCAAUGUCACCGUCUGAUACCAGGCUGCCAUUCAAGUUUCAACGAAGACAAUUCCCGUUGAUGUUAUCAUAUGCAAUGACUAUUAACAAAAGUCAAGGUUAA